AUGGCCAUGCCUCCGGUGUCGGUGCCGACACCUGGGCCCGUCACCUUUGCACCGGGGAGUCCCCUGGCAUCUCCCUUCAGCGGCAGAGGACCUCUCUUCUCGCCCAUGCUCGAUGCGGGAUACACGCGCGCUGUGGCAAGUCCUUUGCAAGCCAGUGGCGCGGCAGGAACUCCACUUUCCCCGCUUGUGGCUGCAUCGUAUCCUCGAAGUGUGGGCGGAAGUCCGAUACCUUUCCGCACAAGCAGUCCCGCAGGCGGACCCCCUCGGAUGCUUACACCUACAAGUGCAUCACCUCUGGCUGCAGAUCGCAGGACAGCCUCACCUUCGCAAGUACACGAUGUGAGGAGGAGUCUCUCGCCGAACUUGUCGCAGACUCGAAUCCUGCAACCUCCAGUGGUAGCCACGAAGGCGCCAGUCUCAUGGACGGACCUCAUGCAGGCUCCUGUGGGAACACGAUUCGUGGUCCCGAAAGGCACGCUCAACGCGCAGGAACCAAUCGCGGGCCCGGAUGACGCAGAGGCAAGUGCAAGGCCUUCGCCGCUGCAACCGGCCGUGACCGCAUUUCGCCAGCCUCGUGCGAAGCAGGCAGCCGACAAGGCUGCUCCCGGCAACAUCUUCAGCUCACCCAAGCGAGAUGCCAAGAAGCUGGCGGUGAAGAAGCAGCGCGAGCUGAAGAAGCUCCUCAAGGUGGACAGGCGGGAAAACGAGGACAUUGCGAGGAACCUGCAGGAAGCCACCAGGGCCAAGUCUUCAACGGAGACUCAGGCCAAAGAGGCCGCUUCCAAGCUCGCCAAGGCGGAGGCAGACUUGUCCGCCGAGAAGCAGUCCGAAGACGCUUUGCAGUCCUCGACCUUUCCGAUGGCGGCCGAGCGCCUCGCCCGGCUGGAGUCCAUCCGCACCGGCCUGGCCGCGCUCCCGCGACGCGGCAGCGGGGCUCCGGCUCAGGAGGCCUUGUCCACACGCGAGCGGUUGGAGGCCAUACAGCGGCGGCUCGGCCUGAGCCCUUCGGCUGAGCUUUACUCCGAGAAGGUCGAUGCCCCGUGGGCUCCUUCCCUCUACGAUUCCUGGGAGCACCAGACCUUAAGAUCCGAAGCCUGCGAGGGAGUGUCCCAUCUUGCUGCGGGCCAGGACGUCCAGGUUGUCGCGACGUCGGGUGCGGCCGAGGCCACAGAACCGAGGAGCCGCCGGCAGCCGGCGUCUCCUCUGCCUUCGCCGCCUUUGCCUCCGACCCCGCCAACUCCGCCAACUCCGAAAACUCCUCCGACUCCGCCUCUGGCUCCGGACGAGAGUGAGGACUGGCUUUGGAGCCUUGGGCAGAUCUCGCCGCCCUCAGUGCCCUCAGAACCUUCGCGGACGUGUGCAUCCCGUUCUGGAGAUGCCGGCCAUGCCGCAUCCUGCUCUCACGCAGGGCCGUUCAGCCAGGCGAGGGCGAGAGGCCGGAGCCAGCUGAGCAUGCGCGGCGAACGGCACAGGCACGAAUCGGGGCGAGCUGAGCCACAAUUUGAGAAGCCGACCGUUGAGGACCGUGACCGGGAGAACGUGGAGCCGAGCGGGCCAAGUGAGUUCCUGGACUUCGGAGGCGGUGAGACUUCGUGUGCCAUGCCCGAGCCCGAGCCGUCCCGGACGGUGCCACAACGCAGACCGACCUCCAGCAGAGGCACGCGCAUUCGCAGCCGCCCGAGCGCGUCGAGUGCGCCGAGCUCGCGGCCUCCAUCUGCGCCUUCCUUUGUGCGGCCGUUCUCCGUCGAGGAUGCGGAGUUCUGCCUCUCGGGACGAGGCGUGGGUGCCGGCAAGCAGCAAGCGAGGCCACCAUCAGCUCAAGCAUCGCGGGGACUCGGACCGCAGCGUAGCCGUGUGGCCAGCAACCCUGGAGCUUCCAAGCCCCUGCCCAGAGCAAAUGGAAGAUCGUCCGAUAAUGAUCCAGAUGGCCCCCGUGAUGCUCAAGGUGGAGCUCAAGCAGCUGGCCCUCGGUUGCGCUCUUGGAGGGAUGGCGACCCCGUUCGAAGGCGAUCUGCCCCCGCUCCUCUGAGCAAAGCACCGAUGCAGGAACAUCCUGAGCUUGGAACGGAUCUCUGGCAGUCCAUGGAGCUGAAGGUGUUUCUGCGGCGUGCCGACCUGACGGAGUUGCUCGCUCCUCUGAGAGAGGAAUUCCCCGGCCUGAACUUGCAGUCCUUGCUGGAGAUGCAGGAAUCGCAGCUGAAGCAGAUCGAGACGGCACCACAGGUGCGCCCGCUGGCUUUCAAGCGGCUCCUACGUAGCGUCGAGCUCGAGCGGCAGCGGCGAGGGACGUUCCUGCAGCAAUCUGCCUUCGAUGAUGACGUCAGCGCGCCAAUGCGCAGACCACCAGCUGUGUCUCUGGACGAGGGCGACGGCCAGCUGGAAGGUGAGGUUCGGGAUGUCCAGAAUGAACGAGGCCGAGAAUCUGCCUCGCAGAUGGUGGCCCGUAUGCUCUCCACACCUACGCCCUCUAGGCCCUCGCUGGCACACGACGGCCAUAGCCACAGCACGCAAUGCCUUCCCGAUGAAUGCAUUUGGGAGCCAUCGGAGCCGCGGUCAGAUCCGCCCGAAGAGCACCCCGUGACCGAAGACGUCCCAUGGGGUAGCUCGUGCUCCUCAACCUUCCCAAAACCGACUGUUUGGUCGCCGGGAGCCGACCUUGAUAUCGCGGGAAACUGUUGUACGAACGCAGUCAUGGAGCCUGCAGGGCCGUUUCCAUCCCGUAGUAGCUCAAGCACGGCCGCAGCGGAAAAUGCCAGCGAGCGAAGUCAGAAGGCAUCGGGAUCGACAGAGUCCUUUCACACGGAAGUCCUGCAUGCUGUCAUGAAGUCCUGCUUCCAUCCUGACAACUACGAAGAACGCCCCCAAUGUCCUGAUCCACCUGUGGCUGCCGUGGAGCCUGCCGUGGAACCUGCCUUGGCAGUGGGUUUGGGUGUGGCAGAGCAAGAGUGCAGGAGGCCGCAGACAAGGCGGGCCAGGAUCCGUGAGCUGCUGAAGCGACUUGACCUGGCCCAGUCUCCCUGCCUUGCCGAUCGCCUGCGAGUGGAUGCGCGACAGAAGCAGGCCAAAGAGAGACAUCUCCGCCAAUCCCAGGCGGGAGGAGCAGGUCCGGCCUCGGCCUCGUCGCCCUUGUCCUUCAGGAGAUCUCGAUCUUUCAUGGAGCUACUGUCAGAGCCACACUCGAGCGCUCCCGGUGCUCGCAGCCCGGUUGAUCCGAGUGUGCUGGACGACGUGGUGUCGAGACUUCCUGCAAAGCCCGUGAUGUCUGCGCCCGAACUCGAGCCCUGCACGAUCUGCUUGGAGGUGCCCACGGCAGGUGAGGUCCUGACCAUGCUGCCCUGCUGCCAUUGGUAUCAUCCAGAGUGCAUCAAGGAAUGGCUGCUGCAUUCGCGGUUGUGCCCCUUGUGCAAGGCACCUGUAAUGCCGGAGGACCAGGCCGAUGUUCGAACUGAGCCCGAGAAGGAGCCAGAUGAGGAGGCGCCCGUCUCCGUGAAGGAUCGGCUGCUGCAAAGACUGACGCGAAUGAACACGCAGGACCUGCUUCAAAAGAUACGCCGAAACAUUAGCUCAUUCUCGGUCAUCGACAUCGAAGAUCUGUCGUGGGACUGGGAAGACAUCUCCACCGAGCCCGACAUAGCCUUUGCAGUCAUGGAGCUCCAAGAGUUUGUCGCUGAAUGGCAAGAAGCAGCUACUGACAAAUUCUGGCAGCGCAAAUCUCACAAGGUGGUGCUCGCUGUCGUUUGCUGUGCUAGAGAUGAUGGCUCCCUCGUUGCGAUGCGUGGUAUGAACACGGAGGUCAGCUUGCCCUCUGGCUCGCUCUGCGCAGAGCGAGCGGGCAUUGCGCGAGCCGCGACGGAGUUUUUUCAUGCCAACACGAUCAAGGUCAUCGCGGUCGUUGAUCCGUCGGGUGACAUCGCUCCACUUUGGCCCUGCGAGGUGUGCCAAAGUUGGCUUUCCAAGCUCCGUGAUCAGAGCCCGAGGAUCACAGUGGUGGCUUUCCCCGCCAAGGAGAACGACUUUCAGCGCGUUGUAGUGCGCCGCAACGGCAAGGACGUACGGCCGCCCACGUUUGUCAGCGCGUGCCCGAAGCAGCAAAUUUCGAUUGGUCGCUUUGUUUGUUUCAGGCCCAUGGCUCCGCUGCCCGGGGUGCACCCAGGCGCCCUGCCGCGCAGCGAAGGAGAGGAUCCCGUGCUGUCAGCAUUGCAGCGAUAUCGUGAAGCAGCAGGGAGCACCUUCCAUCCUCUCAGUGAGGUGGAGGAACCAGACGACCAGGCGCCCUUCGAGGACCUUGCACAGAGGUUUGCUGCGCGCUCCAGCCCGUCUGCAAGCUCCAGCAGCAGUCCGAAGUGCCAUCGUCCGCCUGUGCGCCCGUCCGAGUUCCACGGCCUGGAGGAGGAUGUCCGCAAUGCAGUCUGUGGUUUCGGAGCCUACGGCGACUUGCGCGACUUCUUGCCAACCUGGUUGAGCUGGAUGAGCCCAUGGUUGGAGCCCGCAGCGCCCGAGCUUUGCGGCCACGGUCCGAGCGGGCAGUUUGCCGGCGCGAGCAGCAUGACACUGGCCGAUAGUCCCAGAUGCGCAAGCGAGGCAGAAGACAGCAGCACACCAGUGGUGGUUCCAGCUUCCUUCUCAUCAGGCAUCAAGCAAGUCGGACUCCCCUCGCCACCAGUUUCACAGGCCAAAGAUGGGUUGAGUCGGCCACGUGUUCGCCGGGCCUUGGAGGCCAUUCGUGAGCUUCCCGAUGGCUUGCGAUCGAGUACAUUUGACGACCUGGUGAUUCCGGAGGAAGUAGAGCAAGUGCUUGGGCCCCUGCCGGACUGUGCAGAAGAGGGGCUGGAGAUCGGAGGCGUCUUCCUGGACUAUUCGGAGGGCUGGGGCUUGGGCAAGGUCUGCCAAGGGCUUGUGGGAGACAAGACCGCCGCUCUCGUGGUCCAGUUACGCCUUCCAAAGCCUUUGAACAACGGGCAGAUGCGACGGCUAGGCGCUGCCCUGCGGCGAGGGGCCCUGGAGGCCCGCUCGGACUUGAGCCGACCCCUUGGAGCGGUCAGCCCGAGCGAUGGCUCUGCGGGGGUUUGGAUCGCUUGGGAGCGGCCUGGUGGAAGCUGCAGCACCCUCUCGCCAUUGCCUAUCGAGUUGCAGGAAUCUGCUCCAGGUCUCUCUUGGCGGCUCUCGGUGGCGCGACAGCUCUGCCUCGCAGUGGACGCUCUGCACAGGUCGGGAAAAGUGCAUGGAAGCCUGUCCCCGCGCAAUGUGCUGGUCGCCACCACAGGUGACGUGACGAUCCUGGAAGCCGGGCUCGUGGACGCGCUCUUGGAGGUGGAUGCCCUGCGCGAGCACGACCUUCUUGGUGCACUAGGCUUGCAGUUCGCCCGCUAUGUGGCCCCAGAGGGUUGGCACGUCCCCCGUAGCGGUGGCACAGCAGCCGACAUCUUUGCUCUCGGCCUUGUUCUGCUGGAGGUCUUCGAGUGUUGCGGACAGCCCAAUCCAGAGUGCAAGAGCCUGCAGCAGCUGAGCGCAAAGAUGCUGCCCAAACGGGGCCAUUGGCAACCGCAGGUUAAAGCCAGCACCUUCUACGGUGAGCUGCCGCAGAUAGCCAGGAGCACAAUCGAGUUGUGUUUCCAUGCCGACCCUGGCAAGCGUCCCUCUGCACAGGAGCUGCUCUUCGGCCUGGCUGCACCUCCGGAAGUGGCGGAGGUAGAGCAGCUUCAAGCCAUCACCUUCGCGGAGUUCAAGAACUUGCUGUACGGCUCUGACGAGUCUGAUGGGCUCAAGUCGGGAUCCACUGCGAUUUCAGGAUCAAGUGGGAAGUCUCAGCAGGACUUGGACGCAGACUUGAACGCCGAAGUUGCCGAGGAGCAAGGCACGAAACCUUUGGCAAAGCCGCCGAGGCACAUGUCCUGGCCCUCUGGGCCACGGCCGGAACUCCGGGCAAGCCCUGCGAGACGUCCAGGGGACCAGGAUGUUCCUGAAGAGAAUGGGAUGUGUCCGACCUCGGAGAACCGCUGCACCAAGCGCCCCAGAGCCUUCAGCGCGGAUGAUGCCGAAGGGCUUCUUGAGCCCCCGCUGCCUCCACCUCCACCGCAGCUCGAGAGGUGCCAGGUCAAGGCGAGCCCCCGAGCUCCCCGUGUCCGACGGCCCUCAACGCUGGAGGCCACGGUGGAGGAGCCCGGCAGUUCUGCGCUGUCUCCGCUCUCCCCGGGCCCACCACCACCACCGCCGCCACCACGGCCACAAGUGCCGUUCAACUCCGUGGAGCCGAUCGUCGAGGCUGGUUUGCCAGAGAGGGCCCCUUCUCGGAAGUCCAGGCCGCCGUCCCCUCCUCGCCAAUUCGACAGGCAAGAGGAAGCCAAACAGGCAGGCAGGGCUCCAGAGGUGCCAUUCCGCAAGCGGGACUUCUCUCCACCACCUCCUGAACCACCAAGGCCUUCAGAAGCAAUGCCAAUGACGACGCUGUGGCAAAUGCCCAUGCCAGUGCUCUACACACCCAGCCCACUCGAUCUUGGGCCAAUGACGAAGGUGUGA